AUGAUUCGCGAACCUAGUCAUCAUACCUGUAUACAAUCUUCGUCAAAAAAGGUCGUUCUUGAGGAAGCAAUAUCUCGUAUGAAAAAAAGAGCAGGUGAAGAAACUUUGCCAAUCUCCCAAAUAUACUCACAAGAAAUAAUAAAAGUUCCUGUCAAUAAUCCUGAUAUGAACACUGGUACAUUUUUUCCAAUGUUGGAUAGCAUUGAUUCAAGUUUAUAUCGUAAACGUGCUAAAAACUAUCCGAAAAUACCGACAACUAUAAAUGAACUUAUAAUUCCAGAUGGUUGGAAGCCUGGUUCUCAUGGUGAACCUUUCCUGUUGGUCGAUGAAAUUUCUGAAGAAAAACGAAAAGGUAGCCAAUGGUUCUUAUGUGCAAUUGGUUUGGCUCUCAUUCCGGUGCAUCUAGUGGAGAAAACAUGGGCAGAAGCCAUGGAUGAACACACACCCAACCAUCGUUCAAGUGUCAAAUUCAAUGAUUAUAUAGUUUCUACCUAUGUCGAUCGUACUUCAUGUCGUUAUCCUGUUACCUUAUGGAAUGUUAAUGAUGCUCUUAAUAGUAAUAUACCAAGAACAAAUAACCAUGUUGAGGGUUACAACAGUAGACUCGGUUCCUUGUUUCCUGUUCAUCCUCAUAUUUAUAAAUUUAUCGAACUUUUACGCGAUGAACAUUUGUUUCAACAUCACCAUGCUGAGCAAUCAAGAACGUAUCUACCUAGGCGUCAAAAACCAAGUCAAGAUACUAAUGCUCAACUUAUUGAUCUACUCAAUAAACAUAGUAAUCGUGAACUUACAGACUUAGAAUUAGCGCUUCAGUGUGGCAAAGCAGUCAAAGCUAAACUAGUAAAAAAUUAA